GCGCGGAGGGGGAGACGGUCCCAAGAUGGCGGCGCUGCAGGCGGAGCGCGGGUACGGGCUGUCCUGCGGCCGCCUCGGCCGCGGCACCCGCGUCUCCGUCUUCCACGUCAAGCUCACGGAGAGCGCCCUGCGCGCCUUCGAGAGUUACCAGGCCUGUAAGGAUGCUGUGACGUCAAAACCAGUCAUCCAGUUUCAAGGAAGCCAAGGGCACAUCGCCAUCCCGAGGCCCGAUCGACCGGCCGAAGUGCGGACCUUCACGUUUUAUCUCUCCAACAUUGGCAAGGACAGCCCUCAGGGGAGCUUUGACUGCAUCCAGCAGUAUGUGUCCAGCAAUGGCAAUAUCCAUUUGGAUUGCCUGGGAAGCAUACAGGAUAAAAUCACCGUGUGUGCUACUGAUGAUUCCUACCAGAAGGCGAGGCAGAGCAUGGCACAGGCAGAGGAGGAGACUCGCAGCCGGAGCGCCAUAGUCAUUAAACCUGGGGGGAGAUACGUAGGCAAAAAGGUUCAGGUGCGUAAACCUGCCCCAGGAGCUUCCGAUGCUGUUCCCUCCAGGAAGCGCCCAACGCCAGUCAACCUUGCCAGUGCAAUAAAGAGAGGCAAUAGUGCGAUUUCCCAGAGACCCUUCAAAGAUAGGGUUGUGCACUUACUGGCACUAAAGCCUUAUAAGAAACCUGAACUUAUUCUCAGAUUGCAGAAGGAUGGACUUUCUCAGCAGGACAAGGAUUUGCUGGAUAACCUUCUGCAACAGGUGGCAAAUCUGAGUGCCAAGGACAGCACUUUCACACUGAAAGAUUGUGUAUACAAAGAGGUGCAGAAGGACUGGCCUGGCUACUCAGAAGGAGAUCAGCAGUUGUUGAAGAGGAUCCUCGUUAGGAAGCUGUGCCAGCCCCAGAACAGCGGCGGCGCUUUCCAGGGAGAAGCUCCUUCGCUGAGCCCUCCGAAGGACAGCCUCAGCUCCAGCUCUCCCCCUCAGAAACGAUCCCAACCUCCGGAGUUCAUCGACCCCCUGGCCAACAAAAAGCCCAGGAUCUCCCAUUUGGCUCACAGGACCCAACCCACUCUGAACGGGAAGCUGAGUUCCUCCAACGGGAAGGACAGCCUGGCCCCCCCGGCGCUGGCCCCGGCGCUGCCCGAGCCCGUCAGCUCCAGCUCCUCCCUGCCGGCCCUGGAGCUGCCCCCCAGGCCUCACGACCCCCUCUCGGAUGUCAGCAACGACCUGACUCACAACGGCAGAGACUGUGAGAGCAGCACGGAGCCUCCCGAGAGACUGAGUCACCCCCUGCCCACAGACUGUGCCCAGAGCAGCAAACACAACUGCGGCUCCUACGUCAAAUCCAAGAAAAAAUCCAAAAAGCACAAAGACAAGGAGAAGGAGAGGAAGGAGAAGAAGGGCGAGGAGAAGUGCAAAGAGGAGAAGCAGAACUGUGAAGUAAUAAAAAAUGCUGACUUAGUUAGUGUUCCCCAGGAGCAGGUGCCAGGUGAGUGGGGGCUCCCAGGUGCUUUGGUGUUGGCCGGGUGAGGUGCCAGGAUUCCCUGCAGGAAUGGGCGCGACCCAGCUGCUCUGGGGACCCGAAUUCCAGCGCUGUCCUUCC